CCAAAAAUACCAUACGCAAGCAAGUACAGAAAGUAUUUUCUCAGUUUCCGUUGUCUGAAUUUUAAAUUUAUAGUAAACUAACGGCGUGAAAAAAAAAAAAAAAAAAAAAAAGGAAUUUAUUUAUUUUAUAAUAACGGAAACAAACAGAGGUUAGUGGGGCAGAAGAAAAAGUGGGAGUCUCGCUGAGUCUUGAAGUAUCUUAUUCGUGCAUGCAUUUUUGUGCUUCCUUCUCUGCAACUCUGCAUGCACAUACAUGUUUUGCCGGCCGAACCUCUAUCGCCGAUCUACUGUCCGUUCACCGGAAUCUGACACCUGCCUAGUUCGUCAAUUCCACUAUUUGAUUCCGGAGAUUGAAAGGUCCCAACUUUUGAGUACUAUGAAAUCUACAAAAAUAGAACACAUCCCUCAUCUUCUUCGCUUUCUCAGAUUAACAUAAAGCAGUAUUUGUGUAGUUUUAUAUAUAGAAAUUUGAGAUUUGAGUUCACGAAUGGCGUCCAAAGUCUGCAUGAAUGCUUUGUGCGGGGCAUCAUCGUCCUCUGAAUGGAAAAAGGGUUGGGCUUUGAGAUCUGGUGGAUUCGCCAAUCUAUGUGAUAAGUGCGGGUCUGCUUACGACCAACUAGUCUUCUGUGACAUGUUCCACUCAAAAGACACUGGUUGGAGGGAUUGCACUUCGUGUGGCAAGCGUCUUCAUUGCGGAUGCAUUGCCUCCAGCUCUUUGCUUGAGCUACUUGAUUGUGGUGGCGUAAGCUGUAUUAACUGCAUGAAAAGUUCAGGACUUCAUCCUAUCCCAAGUGAUGACAAGCCGAAAGUAUUUAGCAUGUCAGAAGCAAAUAAUGGUGGCGAAAUGAACUACACUUCUGUGGACAAUCAAUUGGAUGGUGGUAAUAUUGAAAAAAUGAAGGUCGAGCAGUUGGGCAGUAGUGCCGAUCGUAGUGGCCUGAAACACUUGCUUCCUUCUCAGGAUGAUAAUACAAAUGGAUCUCUUGGUCCAACGAAACAGGAAGAACUUUUGCCUCCUCCAGGAGAAUUUGGAAUCACAUGUAUGUCAAAUUUCAAUCAAGCAUCCAUUGGAUCAUCUCAGAAUGCAAAAUUAGACAUGUAUAAAGCAAAUAUGGGUGUCAAAGAUGUAUACGAGUCAUUGGCUCAGACAAACCUGACUAUUGCCUUAGCUGCUCCUUCAGGAAAACCAAUUGCUUUUCCUGGUUCGGUUGUUGAAGAAAGGGAAUUGAGGACAAUUUCUUCUUUUCAACAGGGAUCUAAGUCUCACCAUCUUUUGCCCAAGCCUCCGAAGUCCUUCCUUGCUGCAGGUCUGGAUGCAAGUGCCAAUAUGGUUCCUCAAAUACGUGUUGCAAGGCCACCUGCUGAGGGACGGGUGAAGAAUCAGUUGCUUCCUCGUUAUUGGCCCAGGAUUACUGAUCAAGAGUUACAGCAGAUAUCUGGAGACUCGAAUUCAACCAUAGUGCCAUUAUUUGAAAAAGUUCUGAGUGCCAGUGAUGCUGGUCGAAUUGGUCGCUUGGUUCUCCCAAAAGCAUGUGCUGAAGCAUAUUUUCCACCUAUUUCUCAACCAGAGGGCCUUCCUCUGAGAAUUCAAGAUGUGAAGGGGAAAGAAUGGGUGUUUCAGUUCAGAUUCUGGCCAAAUAAUAACAGCAGGAUGUAUGUUUUAGAGGGUGUAACCCCUUGCAUACAGUCCAUGCAAUUACAAGCUGGAGAUACUGUAACAUUCAGCCGCAUGGAUCCGGAAGGAAAACUUCUAAUGGGAUUCCGGAAAGCAUCAAACUCUAUUAUUAUGCAGUCGCUCAAGGGAAGCACAGAUUCCCAUCUAAAUGCAUUGUCGAGACAUUUGAAUUCAGCCAGUGGGGAUUUCGGCUGGCAUAUUACUGAGAAGCAUGGGGGAAAGGCAAGGGAUGGUUCGCUGCCACCAUCAAUGCUGGGCCCAGAGAGGAAAAAAAGUCGAAAUAUUGGGUCAAAAAGUAAGAGGUUACUCAUUGAUAGCCAGGAUGCUCUGGAGCUGAAACUUACAUGGGAAGAGGCUCAGGAUAUGCUCUGCCCAGCUCCUAGUGUUGAACCAAGCGUUGUCACGAUUGAAGAUCAUGAGUUUGAAGAAUAUGAGGAACCCCCUAUUUUUCGGAAGAGGAGCAUUUUCACUGUCCGCACAUCUGGGGGGCAAGAGCAGUGGGCUCAAUGCGAUACUUGUUCUAAAUGGCGAAGGUUGCCGGCCAAUAUUCUUCUCCCCCCUAAGUGGACAUGUCCUGAUAAUGAUUGGGAUCGAAGCAGGUGCUCUUGUUCUGCACCAAAUGAAUUGAACCCAAGGGAACUUGAACAUCUUCUGAGACUGAAUAAAGAUUUCAGAAAACGAAGGAUUGCAACAAGCCAUAGGCUAGCACAGGAUCAUGAAUCCACUGGCCUAGAUGCUAUGGCCAAUGCAGCAAGUUCUGGAGACAAUGCAAGUGACCCAGGUGCUACAUCAGUAGCAACCACUACAAAACAUCCUAGACAUCGCCCUGGCUGCUCGUGCAUUGUGUGCAUUCAGCCCCCCAGUGGUAAAGGCAAGCACAAGCCCACUUGCACAUGCAACGUCUGCAUGACGGUCAAACGCCGUUUUAAAACCUUAAUGAUGCGUAAAAAGAAGCGUCAAUCAGAGCGUGAAGCUGAGAUUGCCCAGAGGAACCAAUAUAUGUGGGGGUCCAAGGAUGAAGUAGAAGCAGACAGCACCUCUGGACAUGUAACAUCACACCUUGAUCCUUCAGAGAAUGAAGCCAGAUUGGGAAAUGAGUUACAAUCAAACGGCCAAAGCAACAUGUCCAGCAAGUCUGCUGAAACCGGCAAGGGACAAUUAGACUUGAAUUGUCAUCCCAGUCGCGAAGAAGACUCAAAUCCAGGGCCAGCCCGUAUAAGCAUGAUGAGUCUUCUUCAAGUAGCAAGCCUGCCUUUGGAGAUUUAUCUGAAGCAGAAUGGUCUUACAAGCUUGAUUGUUGAGCAACAAGCCAGUUCAGGAUCACAAGUGCUGCCACAAGCAACUGAAGAGAGUGAGGAACGACCUCAUGAGGAUGUUAUUGCUCCAGUGGCUAAAGAGCAAGAAAGCGGGGAUGAAGAUGAAGACGAUGAUGAGCUUUCUGGACACCAAAGUUGAACUGAUCCUUCGUGACUUACCUGAAGUUGUUUUCCCUUCUUUUAAUUCCAUUUUGUAAAUAUAUUUUUUCUUUUUUCUUUUGUAGUUAAAAUUUAUACGCAUUCCCUCAAGUGUGAUGGAAUAUUAUACCAGUGCUUCAAGAGUUGCAUGUCUAUUUUUCAUAUAGUUUGUACGUUUAUAUAAAUGAUUUUAAGUUAAAA